AUGACCACCGAUCCAACUUCAGCCGAAACCAAAAUGUGGUUAUUUCAGAUAGGACUGGUUGAGAAAGUUGUACUACAUCAAUAUUCAGAUGGCAAUCCGAAAGACGCAUUAGUUGUAUUCAACGAUGUAAAAUCGGUAAACGAUGCGAUUAGAUAUUUGCAUAAGAAAGAUGUUUACGGUGAACGACUCUGUAUUCGACCACUGCGUGGCUAUGCACGUUAUGAUGGUGCAAUGAAUAGCGGUCAUUGUUACGCGAUCAAGAAAACGAAUAACAACGGCAACAAAACACAAAGUGAUCCAUCCCAACGGCAUAAAUCUUCCAUGCCAGAAUUCACUCAAUUAUAA